AUACAGACUUUUACCUUUUACAACAUCGGCCUCAAACCUGGUCACUCCGUGGAGGUGAAGGGCUUCAUUCCGGAGGACUGUGAAGUGUUUGUCAUAAAUUUGGGAACAGAUGAGAAGAAUCUUGUGCUACACUUUUGUCCUCGCUUUAACAAUGUUGGGAGAACCAGCUCACGGUGAUCUUGAACUCAAAGGUGGACGGUGUCUGGGGAGAAGAGCAGAGGGAAAGCUUCUUCCCCUUCGCGCAAGGAUCAGACACCACAGUUUCCUUCUUGUUUGAGCAAGACAAGAUCACCAUACAAUUGCCUACAGGAAAUCCUUUCACAUUUCCAGUCCGCUUUCCCAUAGAGGAGAUCUCUUGCUUGCAGGUGGAACACCUCCGGCUCAAGUCCAUCACACUGAAGUGA